UGUUACCAACUACUCUUGACGUUUGUAAAUUGCAAUUAAGGUUAUAAAUUAACUUUAAUUCCAUGUCUGAUCAAAUAACUUUUCAAGACAGAACUCCCAAUGGAAUUAUUAUGGAAAACAUAAUAAACGUCGCAGACUGCUGCAGGGCGUGUUUACGGAUAGAUUGUUCAUUAACACCCACAAGUGCACAAGACAAUGAUUCAAUAAAAUUUUGCGACAAACUACUGUCUUGCGUUUCGGAAGUUAUGUGGCAAAAGGAGGGUUUGCCGUCGUUAAUUUGUGCAACAUGUAUAGAGCGACUCCGUGUGGCCUACGACUUUCGUAAUAUCUGUUUACAAUCCGAUCAUACGUUACAUCGAUACAUAAGUCAUCUCCAGGAAGAUAAACAGUUAGGAUCUAGAACACUUACAACACCAACAAAAUUUGACUUUGCCUUACCCACGGGCAAUCAAGACGAGAUACCCAUUAGCGUAGAAGAGCCCCAAAACGCGGAAUACCUUCAUUUAAAACAUUUUCUCGACAAUGAAGAAGACUUGGCCAAAAACGACGCUUUAGUAGAUGUCCCUCGAUCGAACAGUGUGAGUCCAGAUCCAUCCACAGCAACAGGUAUAGUUAUUUUAAACACCCAGGAACAUGAAUCUCCUCCAGAGCAAGAACAACCCCAGCCGCAACAAUUACCACAAAUGUCUACGAAUUCUCAGGUCCAUCAGCAGAUUCAAACAAUUCAGACCAUGCCUCAGCUCCAGCAAACUCAUAUUGCUGUCCAACCCCGACAGGUGAUUAAACGAACAACAGGGAUUCAAGUGCGCCCUCCCACUCCUACUUCUCAAGACCACGAAGGAAUCGAAUUAAAACCCUUCACUUGUACAGUCUGCGGAAAAAACUAUCGAAAAAAUGCGAAUCUGCGCAUUCAUAUGCGCACUCAUACUGGAGAAAAACCGUUCGAAUGUAAAUAUUGUGAAAAGCGUUUUUAUCAUUCGUCUCAUUUGCGUGAACAUAUUAGGAGACAUACGGGAGAGAAACCGUUCCAGUGUGCCGUCUGUAGUAAGAGAUUUACGAUCAAAGGAGAGCUGACGAUGCAUAUGAAAUCUCAUACGGGAGAAAAACCAUACGCUUGUACUUGCUGCGAUCGACGUUGCUUGACGGCAGCCGAUUUAAAAGUGCACAUGCGCACUCACACCGGGGAAAAACCGUUUAGCUGUGUGACUUGCGGGAAGAAAUUCGCUAGCACGUACAUUUUAAAUUCUCACAUUAAGACGCAUACAGGAGAACGGCCUUAUACUUGUACUAUUUGCUCGAAGUCAUUUACGCAAUCGUCACAUUUAAAUGUACAUAUGCGCAAGCACACGGGAGAGAAAGUGAGCUGUAAAGUUUGCGACGCGAAAUUUACGCACUCUUCUCAGUUAACUGUUCACAUGAGGGAACAUACAGGAAAGCAGCCCUAUAAGUGUACAAUGUGCGAUAAAAUUUGCAAUUACGCGUCUGAGUUGCAAACGCAUAUGAUGAAACACACAGGGGAGAAAUUCACGUGUCUUACGUGCGACAAGAAAUUUACCACAGCGGCGUAUUUGCAAGAACAUACUAGAACUCACACUGGUGAGAAUUUAUCUACUUGUCCUGUUUGCGAUAGACAGUUUACAAGGCAUCAGUAUUUGCAGAAGCAUAUGCGGACGCAUACUGGAGAGAAACCGUACACUUGUUUCACUUGUGGGAAACGGUUUACACAGUCUUCGUCACUUAAAGUGCAUAUAAGAAUACACACUGGCGAAAAACCGUAUUCUUGUACUAUUUGUGAUAAGAGAUUUACUACUUCUUCAGAUCUGUCAGCUCAUAACAGAAAACACAAGAAGUACAUCAACUUGUAAUUGUUGUAAAGUUUAGGUUCAGUGCAAUUUUGACAAGAUGCUUUACAUUUGGAUUUGGAUACUGAUACUGGAUAAAACGGAGAAUGGAGUGGGAAGGUUGACAAGUUUAAACAACGUUGGGAGUAGCAGAACUGUGAUAAAAAAAAUAAUUAUCGUUAGUCGGUGGACAAAAUAACACUCACUAUAAUAAUUAGUACUAUCAAAUCUGUAAUAAAUAUAUCAAAACGCAAUCAUAUUAUCAUUUAAUGAGGUCCAUAAGUUUAGAAUACAGUAGACUUUUUUAGCCGUAAAAUCGUACUAGCUUUUCUAUGUAUUUUGCGUUUUAUUUACAAUAUUCUAAGCUUGCUGUUUUGUACAUUUUUUAUUUUUAUAUUACUCUGACCUGUAGUCAAGUUUUCAGUAUUAUUAAGGCUUCAACUUUUUCUUUCAAUUACGUAGCAUGCAGGUAUGUAAAUUUGACAGUUAUUUUUUUUUCUUUUAAAAGAAUAAGCUUUAUAAUAAGCGGCCCUCGAACGUUGCGUUUUACCAUGUAAUGCUGGAUGUAAAAUAUACAGAGUGAGAGCUAGA